AUGUCGCGCAUGGUGCGCGAAUGUGUGCCUGAUGCGGAUGACGCCAUCGUCGACUACAUUGUUGGAUACCUGGACGAGAACUCAAGUUUGGGUGACGAGGAGGACGCUAUCUCAGAAUUCGUCCGUCCCCUGUUGGAGGAUGCCGGCGGCGAGCCCAAGGCUAUUGACAAGCUUUGCAGCCGCUUCCAGACGCUUUUCGAGUCACAGGCUAAGGAACGACACACGAGCCAGAGUGUUGGAUCGGAUGGUCUUUCAAGGCUCUUGGAGAAGCCCGUGCACAUGCUGAGUCAGGAUUCCGUUUCGGCUACAGGAAAGAUCGGAGCGCGCUCGGUGGAUCUCGAGGCGCUGUCUGGCCGUAAGAUCCUGUCCCAGGUAGAUACUAAGAAACUGGAGAAGGCAGAGGCCAAGAUCGCAGCCAAGAUGGCCAAGCGCACGGCACGUGUCGAAUACGCGGCCAGUAAAUUGUUGGACAAGAAGGACGAGGUCGACUAUAUGGCUGUCAACCCGAUUCUGGAUUACACUUCAACAAAAGGAAAACUCAAGGACGUCAAGCUGGAGAACUUCGACAUUUCUUUUGCUGGAAAGCGCAUUCUGACGAAUGCCAACCUAACUUUGGCAUUUGGACGUCGCUAUGGUCUGGUCGGUCGUAACGGUAUCGGAAAGUCGACUCUUCUGCGAACACUAUCCAAACGUGAGCUCAAUGUUCCGACUCAUAUUAGUAUCCUCCAUGUCGAACAGGAGAUGGUUGGAAAUGAUACCGAGGCGAUGCAGGCCGUCUUGGCAGCCGAUCAGUGGCGUGAGCAUUUGUUGGCAGAGGAGAAGCGCCUGAACGCCCUCACUCAGGAAAUGGAGAAAGGUCUGCCUGAGGGCGACCCACGAUCUAAAGAGGAGUUUGAGAACGACCGUGAAAAGGCCUUGGCGGAUCUUAAGGAAGUGUACGGCAAGUUGGAGGCCAUCGAGUCCGAUAAGGCAGAAUCGCGUGCCGCGUCGAUUCUCUCCGGUCUCGGAUUCACCCCCGACAGACACCAUUCACCUACAAGGAGUUUCUCAGGAGGAUGGCGCAUGCGUUUGGCACUGGCUCGUGCGCUCUUCAACAAGCCCGACUUGCUACUUCUGGACGAGCCCACAAACAUGUUAGAUAUCCCUGCAGUCAUUUGGCUCGAAAACUAUCUCAAGACAUGGCCCAAUACCCUGCUUGUCGUUUCUCACGACAGAGAGUUCCUGGAUGAAGUGGCGACCGACAUUUUGCACCAGCAUUCCGAGAAACUGGAUUACUACAAAGGCAACUUUACUCAGUUCGACACAACAAAGGCGGAGCGUCACAAGAGCCAACUUCGCGAGUAUGAGAAUCAAAUCCAGUACCGCGCUCACCUGCAGGCAUUUAUUGAUCGCUGGAGAUAUAACGCCAACAGAGCAGCCCAGGCACAAAUGAAGAUCAAGAUUCUGGAGAAACUUCCUGAAUUGGAGCCACCAGAAGUAGAGAAUUCGAUUUUCUUCAAGUUCCCAGAUCCGGAGAAGCUUGGACCACCAAUUCUGCAAAUGACUGAUUGCACCUUUGGAUACACACCCGGAAAUAACAUUCUGGAGCAUAUUUAUCUCGACAUGCAGAUGGACUCUCGUAUCGCUGUUGUUGGACCAAACGGAGCCGGUAAGACUACUAUGCUGAAGCUCUUGACUGGAAAGCUGGAGCCACAAAAGGGUAUGGUCCAUCGCCAUGGACGCCUUCGUUUCGCGCUCUUCAGUCAGCACCACGUAGACCAGCUGGAUGUCAAUCUCACAUCUGUCGAGUUUAUGGCCAAGACCUGGCCUGGAAAGAGCGAAGAAGAAUACCGUCGCCAGCUUGGAUCUUUCGGUAUCACCGGCAUGGUCGGAUUACAGCAAAUCGCCACGCUGUCUGGAGGCCAAAAGUCGAGAGUGGCAUUUGCUUGCCUUGGACUUCAGAACCCUCAUUUCCUGAUUCUUGAUGAGCCUACUAAUCACUUGGACAUGGACUCUAUCGACGCCCUCACAAGUGCACUGGGGCAGUUCAAGGGAGGAGUCGUGAUCGUCUCUCACGACGAGCGCUUCAUCAAGUCGGUAUGCAAUGAACUCUGGGUGUGUGAGGGAGGCAGUCUCAAGAAGUUCCAAGGCGAGGGCAUCAAGGAGUACAAAGAAUACGUUCUUGCAAAAGGACUAUAG